AUGCGCAUCACUAUUGCCGUUGUUAGUGCUUUUGUAGCGACUGUUGCUAUUGCGUCACCCAUCACAUCGCCGUCUACGCCUUUGUCACGGAGACAGGGUCCUCCAGGACCGAUGGGAGUAGGGGCUGGAGUCGCUGGGGUUGGAGCCUGCCCGAUGAACUGCUGGAACGAAGCCGCGGUAGUGGCAGGUUGCGACCCAAAUGCAGACGACGAUUGUUUAUGUGGACCAUUUUUUGAUGCUGUAACAUCGUGUACAGCGGCCAUGUGUAAUAUGGGGGAGAAUCUGGCUGCCUUGGAUUUCUUGAAUCCUGCCUGCGAAUAA